ACAACGACGACGACGACGACGACAACAACCGCGACAAUCUGUCCACUCGAGACACGCUCACUUUUAUCGUCGUCACACGGCCGCACCCCACGACCACGACGCCUUGUCAAGCCAUCAUCACUUAGUACAUUCAUUCCUCAACCACCCCGACGCCACGGCACCGUCCUCGUCCUACCCCCUCCAUCCCCUCCCCCACCAGCAGCAGCAAGGAUCUCGAUAUAUCUCCCCAGCCUAGCCGUUUCAAUCGCUGUCCCUUGUUCCCCUCGCCGACCCAGUGUCGAGCGCACACCUGACCAACCAUGGCUCGGUCAAAGCAGGCGUCAUCGUCGACGCUCGACGUCCCCGGCUCUUCGACCAACUUUGACUCGAGCACAGGUUCAACUCCAGCCCCAUCAAUACGAAGCAGAACGGCGACGCCGACAAUGCGCAGCGCGUCGACGACAACGAACCGCGUUGUUUCCACAGCCUCGACAGUGGGCGGCAAGUCGAGCUCAACCACAACCGCCGAUGACUCGCACUCGCACUCAAAGUUUGGCAACAAGCUUCGCAAGAUGUUUGAACACCCCAAGCAUGCCACCUUCCAGGUCAACAUCACCAUUCACGAGCUUAGCAAUAUUCCCCAGCUCGAGGGCGAGUUUGCAGUGCGGUGGAAGUUCCGUGGUCACCGUCCACGCCAUGCCGAUCAGCUUCUAGCUUCUCCGGUCCGCCGCAUACGGCCGCAGAACCGCAUAUCCCCCAAGCCCAGCAUGCCAAACCUUAGAACCUUGCGCCCAUCAUCGAGCGCCAUGUCGCUCCGCUCCGUCUCGACCACCACCACGGGCUCGACUGUGGCUGGGCAGUCAAGAGGAAACGGUAGCGGCACCUUGCUCGCUCCCCACCGCGAGCACACGCUUCCGGCUGCCCUUCCAAGCAAGCGCAAGCAGGAGAAGAAGGGGUCGGACCCUACGCCGCUGAGACAAAGUCUGCGUGCACAAUCAGUGGGCGAAAUCAAGCCGGGUGGCGACAGCCGGCAGAUUGUCGACGAGCCCGAGAGAUUAGGCGAGAAUGCAGACGAGAACGACGCGGUACCGCUCAGUGCCAGCAGCAGUGGUUCCAACCAGAGCCCGGUGGCUCCGAAUACUGCCUCGUCCUUGGCCGAGUCCGACUCGAUGCGCGACUCGGCCUCGAUCCUGUCCAAGUCCUCCCGCACGCAAUCCUUAACGGCUUCCAGACCCUGGGAGUCGAACCCAUCAGUGCGUUGGAGCUCCGUCUCAGACUCGUCACAGGCCUUCCCGAGCACGGCCGCGCCGGUAGAGUCUCCUCUGCUGGAGGAAGACGGCGAGCACUUGUCACGCGAACGCAAGGGCAUGACGGAGAUCACGCCCAUCAAGGCCCACUCUGUGACGUGGGAGCAGGAGCUCCAGUAUGUGAUUCGCCUCCCCGUCGAGACACCAGAUGGGUCGCAGGGUCUCCUUACUGCCGAACAAAGCUUUCCGCACCUCGUUGGUGGAGCCAAGAGCGACGCUGGUAUCAAGUUUGAGAUUUAUCAAUCGGACAAGAAGACGGACGACUCUACCGGCAGAGACCGCUCUGUCUUUGGCUAUGUCGAUGUCGACCUCGCCCCAUUCGCGGACCUUGGCAAAACCUCUCGUCGGUUCCUCCUCAAGGAUAGCAAGACCAACGCGACGUUGCGUGUGACGGUUAACAUGCGCUUUAUUGGAGGCGACCAGGACUGGGUCGCCCCGUCGUUGAUGGAUGGACACCUGGUUCGCAGUAUCAACGAGCUCCACACCGAAGAGAGUGCCAUUGGUGAUCUUCAACUGUACCACCGUCCGUCUAUCUCGUCACAGUCGGACACGUCGUCGAUAUCGGGCCGGCCGUCAUUCCGGUCCUCGGCUUCAAACAACAGUGUCACCAAAGUGUACAGCGCUGUGGCGGCACCGAGGAACCGCUACACUUCUGUAGAACAGCACCUCCUCCCAGAGGAGUCUAGGCAUCGCCAUCGCCUCAAUGGUUCUGAGCAUUUGUCCGCCAACUCGUCUCUGCACGACCUGCGCGGUACACCCGACAUGGCGCAGUAUCGACAGAGCAAGGGUGGGGCACUCUUGACAGAGUCGCCUCAGACUUCGCCCAACCUGCGAACUACCCCUCUCCAUGUCGAUACCAAGGACUACUUUGACCAGCCAGUGCUGCCUGGUGACGCCGUCCCUCGAACCCAACUCUCCGGCUUUGGACCAGCACGUCAAGAGUCGCUGAUCUCGCCCGAGCAGGCACCACGGGCCCAUCGCCACGCCCACCAUGACAGCGGUCGCUACUCGCUUGACGAGAAGAACCACAACAUUCUCCCUGAGGUGGUUAUUGAACAAGUCUUCAAUCCAACAGCGUCGCACGAGUUCACGCCCUUCACCUACGUCAAGGACGAAGACACGUCUGAUGACGAGGAGGAGCUCACCGAUGAGCUUGAUCACGAGCACAACUCGCCGUACGAAGUGGACCUCUCUGAGCACCCAGGCGGCCACGCAAAGAUGUGCUGGUCCAAGAUCCGCCGUCGUGCCGUCACCCACCUCCCCCACCACCACCAUCGCCACCGUGUCACCUCCAUGCCGGCGGCACGUUAACUCUUGUAUCCACCAGUUCGUCGCCUGUAUAGGACUGCUGCAAAGCAGCUUGUCCUGCACUCAUUGUUGCAUUGUAGAUUGAUUGCUCCCCUACUAGAUGUACUACC